AUGGCGGUGCCACUGCUACCAGCGUCAUUAUCAGCUUCCCUUCUGACUGUCUCUGACGUCGUGACCUCGAUCUCGAUCGACUCGGAGCUUUCGGGUAUCCUUACCCAGACGGCUUUGGUGUUCGCCUCCCUGUCCACUAGCACUGAGCUCCCCACACUCACAGACCCGGACCAGGCAACGACGACAGUUACGCCUGUACAACAGUCCGCUCAGGCUGAUGUUGCUCCUACCGCUGCGCCGCUACCUACUGGUAUGCCAGCUAGGAUUUAUCCAAGAAACGGCACAGACCCAACGACGGAGGAUUUGGGCGACUACUCUUUGAUCAGCAUCCUCUUCACCCCCGAACUGAACUGGGAGUUUGUUGCGACCAAUCCAUUAUCCCCAAGUCAGAUCUUCGGAUAUUUCCCGGUUAUCCUGCAAACUGCCCUUGUAUUGCCACCCGAUCAAGUUAAGACGUGGGUUCUGCAAGUGUACGCUUCGUCUGAUUACAAAGGACCUCGAGAUGCCUCGAAAUUGCGGACAAUGUGGUUGGGUUACAUCCCUCGCGACGAAGUCGAUAACCUCGCCGCCCAGAUCAAGGCGCCACAAUCCAAGUUCUACACUGGUAUCGCAGAUCCAGUUGCCAAGGACCUUGCCCGUCGCGUCGACUCUGGGUUUGCCAUCAACUCUGUUUCUCAAACAGACCCUGGCACUGGUGGAGGACUCGGAGGCCCUGGCAAUGCUUCGUCUUCGAGCGCGUCGUCCAGCGAUAAAGCACGGCAGGACGCGAUCAUUGGUGUAGUCAGCACACUCGGUGCCAUCGCACUUAUCGUCUUGGCUUACCUCGUCUACCGUUCAAUCAAGCGUAGAAACGAGCUCAAGCACCGCAGACUCAGUGAUGUACCUGCAGAAGACAUGGCCGGCUACCGUCCAGAUGGGAGGGACUUUGACCAGGACAGCGUUGGCGGCGCACGGAGGAGGAGCUUCUACUUCGCAGAGGAUUCGCUACGGGGAUACCAGGAUCAGAGGAUCGAUGAUGGUGGGAUGUCGGCGGCGGCAGGUCAAGGAUACGGAUACGGUGGUGCCGCGGUUGCUGGCCCCUCGCAGAUGACGCAGAGGCGGCAGGUAAUGCCCGCUGCUAUCUCCGCACCGAUCCUAAGAGAGAACACGAUGAACUGGUAA